AUCAUCAUCAUCAAUCAUAGAGAUACACACAAACACUCAGAGAGGUUUACGUUGAGUUAGGCUUAUCGUUUGACUUCACCGCGAGAACGAGAGUUCCAAAGGCGAAUACUAACACUGUUGCGUGUUGGGUUUUGUGGGGUAGGAGUCCGCAUCAGUAUCUUCUCCCUCUUCACUUGGAAUCAUCGCCUUUCCGUGGCUCCUUCUCCUUCUAAUAUAAUGCAUGCUUGUCUUCUCGUGGGGUUGCCCACUCUUUUUCAUCACCAACCUUUUUUUAUUUUUAUUUCUUUUUUUUACCAUUUUUUACCUUUAUUUUAGACAAAUGUUUGGGACAUUAAUUGAAAAAUUAUUCAAAACAUUAUUGAUUCACGUUAAUUACUAAUUUUAAUAUAUUCUAACAAAUUUCUAACUAUUUUUAAAUAGCACUCGUUGGCUAGACCGUUUAUUUUGUUACCUUGUAGUAAAACAGUGGAGUGCAAAGAAUAAAAAGAAUAACAAUAAUAAAAAAUAGAAACCCAAGUUGGGUAUCUUCAAGAAUCUUUACAUGUCGAGUUAUUGGUAUUUGUUUUCUCUGCAGCUUAACUUCACCAGGUUCGGUUCCUUUCUGUAUUCCCUCCUACAAAAAUAUUGGCUUCAUUACAAGUGGUGGAACCUUGCAUAUCAUUUGCAGUAAAGUGUAUUUGAGGGACAGUGUUGUUGGGAGAGAAUCUUUUCUUUUCAAGCACUGCUACGGUUUUUCUGGUCCAAAUCUCAUCUUUUCCGUUUCCCCUUUUUGAUUCUUGCUUCGUGGAUUUGGACGGGGAAUAUAUCCUAUUUCCAUGAUGAGGGUGUCAAAAUUUCGGAGGACAAAGUUUGAAGAGUGAAGAUAGUUAUUAUCAUCUUGUGACAAGACACGAUUUUUAAGAUCUGUUUGGGAGCUGGACCUGUGCAUCUAGAUUCUAGCAAGCGCAAGUGUGGUUUUGGGAGGAAGAAGUAGAAGCACAAGCACCCCACCCAUGAUGGGAGAUGGAGGUGUAACAUCAUCUGCUACCAUGAUGCAAGUUCCUCCACCAACUGAUGGAACAACCUCAAUGGAUUUUGACUACAUGGGUGAGCUUUUCUUAGACGGAUGUUGGUUGGAAGCUGCUGCUGAUGGAUCUGACUUCUUGCUGCAGAGUCCUUCUUUUUCCAACCUUUACGACCCUUCAUUCCCUUGGCCUGCUUUGGAGACCAACGACUACAAUGAAUCCCAGGAAGCUGCUUUUGGGAACCAACAAGGAAGCCAGAACAUGGUUAAUGUUGUUGCUGAUGGUUGUAGACAGCAGUUCCAGUCUGAAACUCAUUCAGUUGAAGGUGCAUCUGAAGUAGUUAGAAGGUGGUGGUUUCCACCCACACCUAAUCCAGGACCUGGCCCUUCUAUAAUGGAGAAGCUAAUAAGGGCCCUCAAGUUGAUCAAGUAUUAUAACAGGAACAAAGAUAUGCUUAUACAAAUAUGGGUGCCUGUUCAUAGAGGGGGUAAGCCGAUUCUGGCAGCUAAUGAUCUUCUAUUCUCUCUCGAAUCAAGGUCUCCAAACCUUGCCAAAUACCGAGAAAUCUCUGCGAGGUAUCAGUUUUCGGCAGAGGAGGAGGAUUCCAAGGAGUUGGUGCCAGGAUUGCCCGGUCGAGUGUUUAGGGAUAAGGUUCCUGAGUGGACUCCUGAUGUUAGAUUCUUUAGGAGUGAUGAGUACCCGCGAGUUGACCAUGCUCAAGAGUAUGAUGUGCGUGGAACCUUGGCUGUUCCAAUAUUUGAGCAAGGAAGCAGGAUGUGCUUGGGGGUUGUUGAGGUUGUGAUGACUACUCAGCAGAUCAACUAUGGUCCAGAACUUGAAAGUGUUUGCAAAGCACUUGAGGCUGUUGAUCUUAGAAGCUCAAAACAUUCAAGUAUUCAGAAUGUGAAGCCAUGCAACAGGUCCUAUGAAGCUGCACUACCUGAGAUUCAAGAGGUGUUGAGAUCUGCAUGUGAAAUGCACAAGUUACCUUUGGCUCAAACUUGGGUCUCAUGCAUCCAACAAGGCAAAGAGGGGUGCAGACACACUGAAGAUAAUUAUCUACUCUGUAUAUCUCCAGUAGAGCACGCUUGCUAUGUUGGUGAUCACUCUACCAGGUUUUUUCAUGAGGCUUGCACUGAACAUCACUUGUUAAAAGGUCAAGGUGUUGCUGGGAGAGCUUUUAUGACAAAUCAACCAUGCUUCUCAGCUGACAUAACUUCCUUAAGCAAGAUAGACUAUCCACUGUCUCAUCAUGCGAGGUUGUUUGGAUUGCGAGCUGCGGUUGCCAUACGCCUUCGAAGCAUUUAUAAUAGUACAGAUGACUUUGUUCUAGAGUUCUUCUUGCCUGUUGAUUGCAAUGACAGUGAAGAACAGAGAAAGAUGCUUACUUCAUUGUCCAUCAUUAUACAAAGGGUUUGUGGCAGUUUGCGGGUUAUAACAGAUGAAGAAUUGGAGGAAACUAACUUGUCAGUUGAUGAAGUAAUAGCCCUUGCAGAUAGUGGAUUUGCUAGGACUCCAAUUUGGUCACAUCUCCAACCCAAAGGGAUGGUUGCCUCAUUGGAAACUGAAGAAAAAUCAAGUGAAACAAUGGGAAGAAAAUUCUCUGACCUAAGGCAGCAACAAGAAAAUCCUAUUUUAAAAGGAAACCUUGACUGUGUUAGGGAAUGUUCUACUUCUGUUGAAGGUAGCUUACCAAGUGUGGGAAUAAGUAAAACGGUAGAGAGAAGGCGAGCCAAAGCAGAGAAAACCAUCACACUGCAAGUUCUUAGACAAUAUUUUGCUGGAAGUCUAAAAGAUGCCGCAAAGAAUAUUGGUGUUUGUACUACAACUUUGAAAAGGAUCUGCCGGCAACACGGGAUAAAACGUUGGCCAUCUCGAAAGAUCAAAAAGGUUGGUCAUUCCUUACAGAAACUUCAACUUGUCAUUGACUCAGUUCAAGGUGCCUCUGGUGCAUUUCAAAUCGAUUCCUUCUAUUCCAAUUUCCCGGAUCUAGCGUCUUCAAAUUUAUCAGGAACCAACCUGUUCUCAACUUUGAAUCAAACUGAGAAUCCAAACUCAAUGAGCACACAGCAACAUCCUGGCUCGUUGAGCCCCGAAGGCACGUCGAAAUCCCCCUCUUCCUCAUGCAGUCAGAGUUCCAUUUCAAGCCAUUCCUGCUCCAGCAUGUCGGAGCUACAACCUCACACGAUUAACGUAGUUGGUAACAAAGAUCCUAUGGUUGGUGAAGAUUCUGCUGAUGUUGUGUUGAAGAGGAUCAGAAGUGAAGCAGAACUUAAAAGCCUGAGUCAAGAGAGAGCAAAGCUCUUGCCAAGAUCGCAUAGCCAGGAAACACUUGGUGAACAAUCUAAAACUCAGUAUCAGAGGCCCUUAUUGGAAACCAGUCGCAAGGUGGAUGCUCAGAGAGUUAAAGUCACGUAUAGAGAUGAGAAAAGCCGGUUUCGGAUGCCAAAGAAUUGGGGUUAUGAACAUCUUUUGCAGGAAAUUGCUAGAAGAUUUAAUGUGAGUGACAUGAGCAAAUUCGAUGUCAAAUAUUUGGAUGAUGAUUGUGAGUGGGUAUUACUCACUUGUGAUGCUGAUUUAGAGGAGUGCAUUGAUGUUUGUCAAUCUUCUGAGAGUGGUACCAUCAAACUCUGUCUACAGCCUUCUAGUCAUUCUAUGAGAAAUUCUUUAGAGUUUAGAUAACAUUUUGAUUGUAAAUUAUAAGAUCCUUUGUCAUGUAUGUGAAUCAGUCCUAGAAGUUUGUAGCUUUUUUUUUUUUUUGGUAUACUAGGAGUUUGUAGUUUAAAGGCAUGAUUCUUUUUUUGUGUAAAAAUUGUUUUGGUAUUUAGUAUGAGGAUAAACUUAUCCUUAUACUGGAAGCAAUAAGAUUCAGUUUUUGUUUGUUCGG